GCUUGUGCUCCUCUCUACUCUUGGCGGACUAAAAAAGACACCCCCCUCUCUGACGCGACAGGAACCUGCUACCUCUCGGUCCAUAAUUUCACCAAAUUCGUGGAGUACGCUCCCUGUCGCACAGAGAUCAGUGAUGCUGUGGGACAAGGCUACUGUCAGGGAGGAUUCAGUGCCGACUUCACAAAGGAUGGCAAAGUGGUGUUGGGAGGGCCGGGCAGCUACUUCUGGCAAGGUCAGGUGAUUUCUGCAGCGAAGGAGGACAUUGUCAAAGCUUACUACCCAGGUUAUUUCAUGCAAUCUGUGGAGGGCCAGAUUCAGACCAAACAGGUCCAGGCUAAACAUGAUGACAGCUACCAAGGCUACUCUGUUGCUGUUGGGGAAUUCAGCGGUGAUCAAGUUGAAGAUUUUGUGGCUGGCGUUCCAAAAGGACUCAUGCUUUAUGGUUCGGUGUGUAUUCUGAAUGGUACAGAUCUGAAGGCCAUGAUUAACUACACUGGCGAGCAGAUGGGAUCAUAUUUUGGCUAUGCAGUGGCAGCGACUGACAUCAACAGCGAUGGGAUGGCUGACCUGCUGGUGGGAGCUCCCAUGUUCAUGGUCCGGGGCUCUGGCGGCCGGCUUGAAGAGAUGGGCAGGGUCUACGUUUACCUGCAGCGUGAUCCCCUGAACCUGGAGCUAAGCCUGCCUCACAUCACUGGCACCCAGGCGUUUGGUAGAUUCGGCAGCACCAUUGCACCACUGGGAGACCUGAACCAGGAUGGUUUCAAUGACGUGGCCAUUAGCUGUCCCUUUGGAGGAGACGACCAGCAGGGACUGGUCUAUAUCUUUAACGGAUACUCAGAAGGACUCAGGGAAAAGCCAUCUCAGGUGAUCACUGGCCAGUGGGCUGCUGAAAUGAUUCCUGCCAGCUUUGGGUUCGCUCUCAGAGGUGCUAAAGACCUGGACAUGAAUGGAUACCCUGAUCUCAUUGUUGGUGCUUUUGGCGUGAAUAAAGCAGUUCUUUAUAGAUCUCGCCCCAUAGUGAACACCAGUGCCUCUCUGAUAGUUUCCCCCACCAUGAUCAACCCUGAGGAGAAGAACUGCAUUGUCACCAGCGGGAACACCAGCGUCCCUGUUUCCUGUGUCAACCUGAGUUUCUGCAUAUCUGCUGAUGGGAAGCACCUACCAGACAUUCUAGAUUUCCAGGUGGAGGUGCAGCUCGAUAGUCAUAAGCACAAGCAGAGGAGUGCAGUGAAGAGGGCUCUGUUCUUGGAUUCCCAGCUGCCCUUGCUCCAGAGACGUGUGAGGGUUCGCCAUGGCGAGCGUGUGUGCAACCAAACAAAGAUCUACCUAAGGGAUGAGAAAGACUUCAGGGAUAAGCUUUCCUCCAUUCAUGUGGCCUUGAACUUCAGCCUGGAUCCAAACGCUGCAGCCGACUCCCACGGUCUGCGUCCCAUCCUGAACUAUCAGACCACCAACGUUAUCGAGCAGAAGGCUCAGAUUCUGUUGGACUGCGGAGAAGACAAUAUCUGUGUCCCGGAUUUGAAGCUGGCAGUUCACGGGGACAGGAAGGAAGUCUACCUGGGUGACGACAACUCGCUGACUUUGACCAUUAACGCCAAGAACGAGGGCGAGGGAGGCGCAUACGAGGCCGAGCUGUACGUGGUGCUGCCUCCUGAAGCUGACUACAGCGGAAUUGCUCGCAAUAAUGAGAGCCUGACGCAGCUGACCUGCAGCUACGAGACAGAGAACCAGACUCGAUACCUCAGCUGCGAUUUGGGAAAUCCAAUGAAGUCUGGUACCAGUCUGUGGGCAGGUCUGCGCUUCACGGUGCCACGGCUGAAGGACACGCACAAAAACGUUCAGUUUGAGGUGCAGAUUCGCAGUAAAAAUGAGAAUAAUUCCCACAGUGAGGUUGUACCCUACAAGCUGGAGGUGGUUGUCCAAGCUGAAGUCAUUCUGCAGGGUGUGUCUCGACCAGAUAAGGUCUUCUUCCCGCCGGCCAACUGGAAGGUGACCAAAAACUACGGGGUGGAGCAGGAUGUUGGGCCUGCAGUGGAACAUAUCUAUGAGUUGUUGAACAACGGGCCCAGUCGGAUCAGCCACACCCUUCUCGAGCUGCGCUGCCCCCUCAGUGUCCAGGGCCACAAUCUCCUUUACCCCCUGGAGUUCUCCACAGAAGGAAACAUCAACUGCACCUCCGACAAGAACAUGAACCACCUACACCUAAAACUCCAGCGCACGUCAACAGAAACACCGAUCCUGGCUCUGAAGGCCCCGGAGCACCGCGUGGAGAGGAGGGACGUCCACAGGAAUCAGCUCGCUCAUUUGACUAACCUGUCGUGCUCUAAUGUGGAGUGCUGGUCGCUCCAGUGCAAAGUGGGUAUUCUGGAGAAAGGGACCACUGCGAUCGUCAAAGUGCGCUCCCGCAUCUGGGCCGAGACCUUCAUGGAGAGGGCCUAUAAGCAGUACGUGCUGGAGUGCAUGGCCAGGUACAGUGUGGAGAAGAUGCCCUACGCCAUCCUUCCCAAACAUGCACCCAGUGGACACAAAAAGGUGGUGACCCCCGUCGUGUGGAACAAGCCGGACAUCGAGAACUCAGUUCCUCUGUGGAUCAUCAUCUUGGCCAUUCUGGCUGGUUUACUGCUUCUGGCGUUACUUAUCUAUAUUCUAUACAAGUUCGGCUUCUUUAAGCGAUCUCUACCAUACGGCACCGCCAUGGAGAAAGCACAGCUGAAACCGCAGGCUGCCUCCGAGGCCUAGAGGACUCACCAGACUCAGCAGAACCACAGUACCUGGCCGUAUGAUUGCAACAGACAAACACAAUGGAACGUGUAGAGUGGAUCAGGAAGCAGACCACUGGAACUCCACUGUGCUGCACUAGAAAAAGACAAAAGAAAUCCAAAGAUUUUCAACCAAAUGAAUGUUUUUUAAUUUAUGUUUGAUGGCGGGUCAGGAUUGUUACCAAAUAGGACUUUCCUCAGUGCCUCGAGGUAAACACGAGGACGUCAGCCUGCAGAUGCAAAGAGAUAGUUUCCUUUUGUGGACUCUUGCGUCCGAGAGUUCGGUGAUUCCUGUUAAACUGCCUUAUUUUGGUGCUAAGGUUCUGAUGCGUUCACUGCCUCUGACAGAGAAGCUUCCACGUGUAGCUUGUGGCUGUGAAUUACUGAAAGUAUUCUUCUGACACGUCCAGAACAGAUACACAUAUUUCUCUAUUGGCAGAAGAUCACGAAACAGGUUUCAGGUGAAAACAUUAACCGGUCUAUAGCAGCACUACAUACCCAAAUGUCAAAACCAAAUCUUUCCAAUAGCUUUGUUGAAAGAAUUUUAUUUAGAUGAUAUAAAUCCUGACCUGUCUGAGAUGCUGCCCUGGGUUCGGCUCCAGCAGCUCACAAACCCGGAACAGGUUGUGCGGGUAUUGAAAAUGAUCUCUCUCUGCCUCAGGACGGUGGACAGCGCUGGGUUGAGUUGUUUUUUUGCACUCAAAGGAAAUCUACUGAUAUAUUUCCAGAGAAAGACACCAGAGACUCACUGAUUGACCUUUGAGUUCUGACUCCUACUGAUCACUUUGUAUGAAGCCUGUUUGUCGUCGCUCAGAGUUACCAAUGCUGGCAUCGUCCUCGUCGUUGUGUAGUCGACUGGGAUGGGACUGGAACCACCAUGGACCUGCGAGACGUCACGUUAGGCUUGAAGCAGUGCGGUGCCUCUGGCAAAAACUAUUUGCCAAAGAGUUUUUCUUUUCGCUGUCUCUUCGCUCCUGUGCAGUUUGGGUUAAGCUCAUCCAGCGCAGGGGAGUCAAUGACGGCGGCGUAACGUUGUCUUGAUCCGAAGACGUGACAAUCAGCAGCGUUGUAGCCUCGACAGAUCACAGCAGGAUCACAGGCGUGUGUGUGUGACUGUGAGUUACUGUAUUUGUCUCUUUGAGUAAAAGCUGCCCCUUGUUUAGGAAGAGAAGUGGCUCCAGUCUCCCCAUCACCAAAAGACUACAGGGACUGAACUUUUCAAUGCUUGGUAUUGGUUUCUUUUAUUUGUCCUGUACAUAGAUGUUACGUGCCUUAAAUGUAAAUACUAAAUGUCCGUGGGUGAGAAUUAGUGUUGCGUGUGCUCACGUGUGACUUCACGCAAACAUGCAUUUGUGCGAAUGGUGUAUUUAUGAAUGUUUGUUUCCUGUAUGAAUCGGUCGUUUCUUUCCCACUGCCUGGUCCUGUUUAUCCCUGUCGCCAUUGUAGCUUGAGUUCAUUCAGGUGAAGCAUAUUGAACAUGAUUAACGCAGUUCACAUCCAGUAGAGGAACGUUUGAUGGGUGCUAGAUCAACAAAGAUCACAAAAAGGAGAAGAUCCACACACCUGAAGCUCCCAAACAUCAAAAAAUGAAACAUCACAGGCGAAUCAUUUCUUUAACGGGAGCUUCAGGUGUUCAGAUCUUGUUGAACAGCGCAACAUGAAUUUAAUCACAAUAAGGCUGCCGUCCAGAUGUGAGCAUCCUCUUCAGGAUGUGUUGUACCUCUCUCCAAGGGAUAACAGCUCGGCACUGGGAACUCUGUUGUUUGGAAGUGCAAUAUUUAUAUUCACUCUGUCUUUUUUUUUUAAUAUUACAGUGCUUUCUUUUGUUUUUAUGUUUCUGUUGUGGACUGACUUGUGACAAACCAGAACGUUGUGUGUUAAAAUAUGUGAUAAGCACAUCGACUAAAUCUUUUUGCGAGUGUUCUUGCUUUUCACUUUCACUUGCUUUUCUCACUUAAGUCUUUUUUUUUUUUUGACUCGAGAUGUACUCACCACUCGCUGGACCACUGUCCUGAAUUUUUUUUUUUUAAAACCACCUCCAGGACAUUUCCGAGUUGAACCUGUUGACAUGUUGACACACUUUGGUAAUUUAUGUGCUCUGCUGUUGCACCUGUCCAAACACCCCCAUUAUUCUAACCAUGUGUUUUACAUUUGUUUGCCUCAUUACACUCUGUUAAUAUGCCCCCCCCCCCCCAUUGGAUACUGAUUUAAUAUUUUUUCAAAUGGGCCAUGAAAUCCCCAUUUGAUAAUUGAUUUAAAUCCUUUAACACCGUCUACAUGAAAUUUCUUUUCUGAACAGGUCGACUCAUUAUUUAUAAUGACGGGGGAUCGUUUUACCACAUCCUCCACGGUGACAUCAUGAGAAGGCACUGUGUGUUUUUUUUUUUUCUUUCUGUUUUUUUGACGUCUACCCCAACUUUCUCUCUCCGGGACUUUCAAAAAGAAGUUGUACAUAUUUAACGUGGAGAGUAAUGAAUUCAAUUGAUAACUGACUUGUUGUGAAUUUUUCUCACCCCAUAUUGGGGAGAACAUUGUUGUCGGGUGGGGAGGAAGUGGACGGGGGGCGGGGGA